GGAUAAACGACGUCCUUAAUAUCUCUGCUAAUAAUGCAGAAAUAUAGUUUAGUAUAGCCCAAAAUAGAUAAAGUACUCCAAUUCUCCUGGUUCACCUAGACCCCAAGACCUUUCUGUGUAGUUCCACUGCUGCAUUCAAGAAAAUUCUAACAAAUGUCAAAAGCAUUUGUGAUAAGUUUUAGAAAAGUCAGAACCAUGUUCUUUAGAUUUAGCAGAAAAUACCUGGAAGUGUACGGCAGUUCUAAAAGGGUGUUCAAUUCAUUCUCUAAUCUUUUCAGUUAUUCAAAAUGUUAGCAGAAUUAUAUUGACCAUUAUACUUUUCAACCGGCUCCAUUUUCUCAGUGAUGAAGCAUCUGUCAGACUGAAUAUCUUCAAUCGACAUCCAAUUUGACGUGUAUCAAACUUUAAAGUUACGUUGAAAAGCUAGAGGAGAAUGAAAGUUAAAAUUAGACUCGGUUGCCAUUCAGGAAUCAGUCAUAAUUAGUUCCAUUACGCAUGUAUACCCUAACAUAACUCUGUAAGUCUAGAACCAUUAAAGCAUGUAUAAAUAACAACAAAAUCUAGGUAAUGAAAGAACCAUAAAAGCAAAAACCAUAUUCCAAAUUCAUAUUCGUUUGAUUUCGGUCUAGCUUAAAACCUCCAUUUAGCAAUGGCGUUAAACCCUACCAAACCUCAUUUCGUGUUGAUACCUUUUAUGUGCCAUGGGCACCUUAUUCCCCUAAUAGACAUAGGCAGGCUAUUGGCUGAGCGUAAUGUGAUUGUUACUAUAAUUACCACACCUCAGAAUGCUGCCCGUUUUAGCGCAGGCAUCAAUCGUGGCAUUGAAUCUGGGCUAGCGAUCUCAGUUCUAGAGCUUCCCUUCCCAGCUGCAGAGGUUGGUUUACCAGAGGGGUGUGAAACAGUAGACAAUCUCCCUUCUAUGCACCUGAUGAGCAACUUCUACACUGCAAUGAGCAUGCUGCAGCAACCAGUGGAGAAGCUAUUAGGAGCGCUAAAGCCCCGUCCAAACUGCAUAAUACAUGAUAAGCAAUUUACAUGGAUGGCUGAAAUUGCCUCCAAGCUUCAGAUUCCAAGGAUUUUAUUUGAUGGAAAAAGCUGUUUCGCUCUCUUUUGCAGUCACAAUAUAAGCACUUCCAAGGUCAAUGAAUGUGUCUCCGAAGGAGAGUCUUUUGUGGUGCCAGGACUUUCUGAUAGAAUUGAAUUCACACCAGGGCAGCUACCUGGAAACCUAAAUCCUCGAUCAAACGUGAAAGAGAUUAGUAAAAAGAUUAUAGCAGCAGAAGAAGGAGCGUACGGGUUAAUAGUCAACAGUUUUGAGGAGUUGGAAGCUGAAUAUGUAGAAUCAUAUCAAAAUAUUAAAAAACAAAAGGUGUGGUGUGUUGGACCAGUGUCAUUAUGCAAUAAGGAUAACAUGGACAAAGCUACAAGGGGUAACAAGACCUUAACUGAUGAAAAUCAAUGCUUGAAGUGGCUUGAUUCAUGGCCAGCAAGCUCUGUAAUCUAUGUUUGCUUUGGAAGCCUCAAUCGUCUAACACCUCCUCAGUUAAUCGAACUUGGUUUAGCGUUGGAAGCAUCAAACAAACCAUUCAUUUGGGUUAUUAGAGGAGGAUAUAAAAGAGAAGAAAUGGAAAAAUGGUUAGCAGAAGACGGAUUUGAGGAGAGGGUAAAAGGAAGAGGCCUUUUGAUAAGGGGCUGGGCACCGCAAGUGUUAAUUCUGUCGCACCCAUCAAUUGGAGGAUUUUUGACACACUGUGGUUGGAAUUCAACACUAGAAGGGAUUUGUGCCGGGGUGCCAAUGAUAACAUGGCCUUUGUUUGCUGAGCAAUUCUUUAAUGAGAAGCAGCUUGUUCAAAUAUUGAAAGUUGGUGUUCGGGUGGGAGUAGAAGUUGUGGUGCAUAUGGGGGAGGAAGAUAAAUCCGGGGUGCUGGUGAAGAGAGAAGAUGUUCAGAAGGCUAUUGAGAGUUUAAUGGAUGAAGGAGAGGAAGGAGAAGAGAGAAGGAAAAGGGCAAGAAAUCUUGCCGAGAUGGCAAAGACAACAGUUGAAGAAGGAGGGUCUUCUUACCGCAAAAUUACACUCCUGAUUGAAGAUUUCAAGCAACAAGCCAUAACUAAUCCACAUAUAGCUUGAGACCAGCAAUUUCAAACUCAUUAGUAAUUUGUUCAUUAAUAAUGAUGGAAAAUCUUAUUGUUUAGCAAUAAAGGAGAUAUGAUUGUGCUGUUGUGCUAUUUCUUUCUUUUUCUUUUUUACCCCCAUUUUUUUGUUCAACCUUGGUUUGUCCAUUUAAUAGAAGGGGGAAAGAAGUUCUAAGUUUGUACUGUUAUACAACCAGGAGAUGAAGGCCACUAGCUUUCCUAUGUAUUUGCCUUCUUAAAUUUAUGAAUUCGUUUUAUAAUUGGCAUUUGGAACUUAGAAGGUCCACUAUGCUUAGUAAAACUUGUACCGAAUGAAUCAUAUACGAAUUUGAGUUUGUCUGCAUGUGCAAGCUCCUGUAGAGUUUGUCAUUAUUCAAACAAUAAAAAUUCUCAUCUUCAUUUAUGAAAGGAUAAUAUCUGUGUUACUAAAUGCUAAUACAUUUGACCAUCCAGAUUUAUCAAGUUUCGCAUUCAAUAGUCAAUGGAUGAGAACUGGAUAAGCAGAAUGUUAAGCCAGACUUAGAAGAGGAUUAGAUGCAGACUCUCAGGACUGGAAU